CUUAUCCAACAGUUUCACUAAAAGUAAACACUAUUCAUUUGCCUGCUUGAUGCAUCUUGGGGCUGCUGUUAAAGCAUUGACAUCAAUAAAAAUAUCAUUUAAAACACAAGUUCAUUUCACAUAUCAUCAGCAGCAGCAGCAGCAGCAGCCAGUUCUUAUUCACAGCAACCCCUUAAAUUAGCUGGACAUUUGAUGUUCAACUCCUUAUAAAUUCAAGAGAGACAGAGAGAAACAGAGAUCCUUAUACAGUUUCUUCUUAAAAGUCAGUUAUGGGUCUAUGUAUGUCUGUUCCAUCUAUAGAGGAUCAGAUGAUUGAAAAUGAAUAUAAAAACAAUUUGCUAUUCAUUGAAGACAAUAAUUCUCAAAGAUCUUCUUCUAAGUUUGGAAUUGCUUCGUUAUAUUCACAAGUUGGUACUAAAGAACUUAACCAGGACUCUGCACUCUUUUACCAGGGAUUUGGUAAAGAAGGAGGAGAAUUCUUUGGAGUGUUUGAUGGACAUGGAGAAAAUGGUCAUAAAGUGAGUAAUUUGGUGAUAAAUAGAUUACCCAAAUUGUUGUUAGAACAAGAGAGGUAUAGAUUAUGCAAUUAUGAUGAAAGUGAAUUGGUGAAUACUUAUAAGCCUAAUGAAUGGAGAAGAGAUUGUGUUAGUGCUUUUAAGAUUAUGGAUAAAGAAAUUAAGCUUCAAAAGGAUUUUGAUUCUUCAUGUAGUGGGACUACUGCAGUUACCAUUAUCAAGCAGGAUCAAGAUCUUGUAACUGCCAAUCUUGGAGAUUCAAGGGCAGUAUUGGGAAGAAUUUCAGAUGGUGAACUGAAAGCUGUUCAAUUGACAAUUGAUCAUAAACCUGAUUUGCCGAAAGAAGCAGAAAGAAUAAGGAAAUGUGGGGGGAGAGUUAUCCCGCACAAGGGUGAACCGGAUGUUCACCGUGUUUGGUCAGCUGAUGAUGAUUACAUGAGUCUUGCCAUGGCACGAGCUUUUGGAGACUUUCAUCUCAAGGAUUACGGUGUAAUUGCUAUCCCACAGAUAACCCACAUUCGCUUAACCGAUGAGGACCAGUUUCUUGUUCUUGCAACCGAUGGAGUGUGGGAUGUCCUUACUAACGAGGAAGUUGCAUCGAUUGUAUGGUCCGUUGAGAACAAGGAAGUAGCUGCAAGAGCAGUUGUUAAAGCAGCCAGUGCAGCAUGGCGACAUGAUUACCCUUCUUCAAAAGUGGAUGACAUCACCGUUGUGUGUUUGUUCUUGCAGCAGGAUGGCAACUUCCUUCCAGAAGAAAAUUUGUCAACUGCUCCUGCAAGUGAAGAUGGAACGUAAGCAUUUGUAAGUCAAAAUACUGAAGACUCGUUCAGACUUUGAACCAUCAUAUGUUUGCAGCUGCCCAUUGACCAUUCAUUUAGAGUGAUGGUUUGGCGGUGGAGAAGAGGUACAACAAUAUUCUUUUACUAUGACAUCAACAAAUUUUGAAUGCUUCUGUCUUAUGGGUGGUGAUACUGACUCCUAUGCAGUUUGACAAUUAUGUAAUGUAGCUUCAUGAGAAGCUUGAUGUAUGUGUGUAUGUAAGAUCUUGAAGGCUAGUCACUGUAUGUAAGCUUGAUGCUUGUGUGGCUAACAAGUCCUGUACUACUGAGCUGGUGAGAGCAACAUGAUAGUAUCAAAACAGUCGGAGUUGUUUUCCUCAGUAAACUGAGAACAUGAGCAGAUCUCCCAUAACCUGUAAUUGAAGUUUUCAUG